ACACACACACACACACACACACACAGACAUAGACCAUGUGGUUGGAAGCAUUUGGAUUUUGAAACCACCCUCCAACGGUAUCAUGGAGGUUGAGGACAUGUGCGCCUGUGCAGUCCCUCCCUCCCCUGUCAAGUGCAAUGGAGACACGGAAGCAGAGUAAACCGGCUGCUCUCUGUGAAAGGGGGAAGGGAAAGCACACACAUCUACACUUGCGGCAGUGAGAGGUUUUUGAAUGGACAGAGGAGUGUGGUCACUUCCUGGCUGUGUACUGAACGAGAGAGUGGACGUUGACAUUUCCUGAUCUGCCUCAUCCUGCCUUCAACAUGUCGCUGCUCACCCACGUGCUGGCAUGUCUGUUUGGUAUGGGCUCCUGGGUGGCCAUCAAUGGGAUGUGGGUGGAGCUCCCCCUCAUCGUACCAGGGAUCCCAGAAGGGUGGUACUUGCCAUCGUACCUCACAGUCCUAAUCCAGAUGGCCAACAUUGGUCCUCUCUUCAUCACCCUGAUGCACCGCUUCCGUCCAGGGGUGCUGGAUGAGCGGCCGGUCAUCUAUUGCAUUGUGGGGUUGGGGAUCAUCGCUACAUUCCUGCUGGCUUUCUUCUGGAGGCACACAGUGACAAUAGGGGGCUCUUUGCACAGUGUUCCCCUGCUGGUGUUAAGCUUCCUGCUCUCUGUAGUGGACUGCACCUCCUCUGUUACUUUUCUGCCUUUUAUGAUGCGGCUGCGUCCACAGUACCUCACCACAUACUUUGCAGGUGAGGGCCUCAGUGGUCUGGUGCCUGCACUGGUUGCUCUGAUUCAAGGGGUGGGUGUGGUCCACUGUCAGAAUGCCUCUUUGGCUGUUGGGGCCAACGAAACAGCUGAUAAUUCUGAGCUACAAGCUAUUUACAUGCCGGCUAAGUUUUCUGCCCAGGUCUUUUUCAUCUUCCUCAGUAUUAUGAUGGCCGUGUCCCUGGCAGCCUUCAUCUUACUCAACCAUCACCCAGCUGUGGCCCGGGAGAGGAAGAAUGACCUCUACUUCAGUGGGGAUCUGGGUCUGGGUAAGAGAGAACAAGGCCUGUCUCUGCAUGCUCAAACACCAGAGCAGAAACCUAUGAUCAAUCCAUUGGAGGCAGUCAGGGGGGAACCCAGGAGUUCUUUUGGCAAGGGGACGUACAGCAACCUCGAGCUGGUGUUCAUCUUUGUGGUGCUGGCCUGGGUCAAUGCUCUGACCAAUGCAGUGCUGCCCUCAGUGCAGUCCUACUCCUGUCUGCCAUAUGGGAACAAGGCAUACCACCUAGCUGCUACCAUGGCAGCUGUCGCUAAUCCAGUGGCCUGCUUCAUUGCCAUGUUUAUGCCGAUUAGGUCUCUUAUCUUCAUGGGGUUCUUGACCAUGUUUGGGACUGGAUUCGGAUCCUACAUCAUGGCCAUGGCUGCUCUUAGUCCAUGUCCCCUGCUGGUCCACAGUGCUUCUGGAACUGUAGUCAUAGUGCUGACCUGGAUCCUGUUCGUCCUGUCCUUGUCCUACGUGAAGGUCAUCAUUGGGGUAAUUCUGCGGGAUGAGGGACACAGUGCCCUGGUGUGGUGUGGAGCAGUAGUGCAGUUGGGCUCCAUGGUGGGGGCAGUAUCUAUGUUCCCAUUGGUCAGCAUCUAUGGACUUUUUAAGUCAGGUGAUGCUUGCAACACCAAAUGUCCACUGUAGACAAUAGAUAUGUUUAUGAACAACACUGCUGUACCAAACGGAAAUCCAGAAAUUGCUCUUACUUUGGUAGCACUAAACUCAUUGUGAGAGCUUUACAUGUUUUGACUUGUUUCAUCAGCACUGAGAUGUUCCAGGUAAUUAUCUAAAACUAUAUCAUAUCUAUGAUGUGUUUUAUCACUCUUGUGAUCAAUUCAUAUUUUACAAAGAUGUCUGUAUUUAUUGAAUGAUGGAUUAAACUAUACACAAGGCUGAAAGGGCAUCUAGGGGCAUUUUCACACCUGAAAAUGAGGACCAUGGUCAGAAUAAAGGCUCAAAUCUUUGUUACAUUGUUUACAUUUAAUCCGCUCAAUUUUUGGUUUUACAUUUAAAUUUAUUAUACUGUUGUCAUCACCUACGUAGGCCAUCUAUCUAUACUUGACAUCGAUUCAUUUGUAGACAAGCAUGUGUCUGAUGUUGCCGUAUUGUUUUUAAUAACUUUUUCUAAAAAAACAAAAUAGAAAAAAGUAUUCUUUCCACUAAAAUGGAGAAAAAUUAGUGAACUGCUUCACUUCAUUAAUUUUGUUGCCUCUCUAAUAUAAUGGUAUUACUGCCAGAUAAAUGUUGCUGAAACAUUACAUUGGCAAAGACUACAAGAAAUCCUGUGAGUCGCUUCUGCUUUUAUUGUUUUAUGCUGUGUCAACUUACUGCAAUAGGUCAGAAAGUAUGAACUUUCCCAAAUAAUGUUUUCACACUGCAAACGCUCUGAACCAUGGUUCGAUUGAUCCAGACUGAGACCACCUCUUUUGGUCUGACUCGAUUUUGUUCUGUUUGUCUGGACUGUGGUCUGAGUCAUCUUUAAUGUAUGUUAUUUUGGUUCAGACUAAACUGAAAAGUCCGAGGGUCCAGAUCAAACGAGGUAGGUAUGAAAGUGCCCUAAAUUGUUUUAGACUACACAAGACCCACUGAAUAUUAUUGUACUGCUGAGCAAAUUACAAUUCCUUCCCAAUCUAGAGGUCAAAGCCAUUUUACUUGAAUUGUUUUGAAAUGUGGAAGUAUAAACGAUUGAUGUUGCUUUUUCAAGAACCUUCCCCUUAAAAUUGUGCCUUCAGACACUGACAGGUGUGAGUUUUUUUGGUUGUUUCACAUUUCUUUAUAGCUUUGUGGAUGUUGCUACUGUUCAACAUUACCAAAUAAAACCUUUGUUUUUA